AUGAAAAUAAACGAUAAAAUUAACUAAGCACUUAGUGAAGAUCCAACUAAUAAAAAAACUUUCUAUUCAUUCGAAUACUUCCCUCCUCGCACAGAACAAGGUAUUGAGAAUCUACUUGAUAGAAUUGAGAGAAUGGGCAGUACAAACCCACUUUGGGUUGACGUCACGUGGAACGCCGGUGGUUCGACAUCUGAUAUCACAAUUGAUUUGUGUGCUCAUAUCCAGAAUUUUUCAGGUCUAGAUGUCCUUAUGCACAUUACUUGCACCUAUAUGACGAGGGAGAAAAUCGUGACUAGUCUUGACAGAGCCAAAGAACUAGGAAUAAGGAAUCUUCUAGCACUUCGAGGAGAUCCACCUAGAGGAUCCAAUGACUGGAUUCCAAUUGAAAAUGGAUUCAACUAUGCUAUUGACCUUGUAAAGUUCAUCAAGGAGACUUAUGGCGACUAUUUCUGCAUUGGAGUGGCUGGCUAUCCUGAAGUUCAUCUCACUGCACAAUCUAGAGAUCAUGAUAUCCAAAGCUUGAAAGAAAAAGUAGAUGCAGGCGCUGACUUCAUCAUAACCUAGCUCUUCUAUGAUAAUCAAAUCUUCCUUGAAUGGGUUAGAGACUGCAGAUAAGCAGGCAUCGAAUGCUAAAUAAUACCAGGAAUUCUUCCAAUCCUGGGUUACGAUAGAUUUUCCAGAACUAUAAACUUCUGCAAGACCAAGGUGCCCUAGGAGAUUCUCGACAACCUUUAGAUCAUUAAAAAUGAUGACGCAGACGUCAGAAAGUAUGGAGUAGCCUUUGGGGUUUAACAGUGUUAAGAACUCAUUGAUAAUGGCAUUAGAUUCCUCCAUUUUUAUACCAUGAACUUAGAAGCAGCUGUGAUAAAGAUCAUCGAAGGUCUCAAGAUUUUAGAUAACUAGAAAUCACUACCGUUCAAAAAGCCCUCUUGUAGAUAGAGUGAGGAGGUGAGACCAAUUUUCUGGGCUAUCAAGCCAAAGAGCUACAUUUCUAGGACAUAGGAAUGGGAUGAGUUCCCUAAUGGAAGAUGGGGAGUCUCAAGAUCCCCAGCCUUUGGAGAGCCUGAGAUGUAUGGAUCUAUUGCAAAGAAAAUAAGUUUUAACUUUGAUGAAUUGAAGAAAAUCUACGGAGAAAAUGUGUCAAGUUAUGCUGAAAUUGGCGACUUAUUCGUGAGAUAUCUCAAGGGAGAAGUCAAGAAAUAUCCAUUCUCUGAGGGGUCUCUCUAACUGGAAACCAACGUCAUUCUUGAUUAACUUGUACAGAUUAACAAAAACUAUGUAUUCACUAUUAAUUCGCAACCAAAAGUAAACGGAGUACCCUCAACGGAUCCAAAAUUUGGAUGGGGACCAAAAAACGGCUAUGUUUAUCAAAAAGCCUAUAUUGAAUUUUUCAUCCCUAGUGAGAUGAUCCAGCCCUUGAUCAACCACUUGGAUAAAUAUGAAAUGAUAACCUACCAAGCUAUAAAUAACUAAGGAGAUGAAAUCAAGAACGUUUGUAAGGAUGAUGUAAACGCAGUUACCUGGGGAGUGUUUAAGGCAAAAGAAAUUAUUCAACCAACAGUAGUUGAUCACAAAGCGUUCCUAAUCUGGAAGAAGGAAGCCUUCUAGUCUUGGCUUGAUCACUGGGCUAUCAUCUAUGGCCUUGAUUCAUACUAAUUCAAUUUCUUGCAAAAAUGCUAAAACAACUUCUUCCUAGUUAAUGUUGUUGAUAAUGACUAUAUUAAUGGAGACCUUUACAAAGUAUUUGUCGACUUCAUUGAGGAGAAUAUGGAGCUCAUCAAUCAAUUAUGA